AUGAGCAAUGAUUCUAAAAGUCUAUCUGAAAGUAAUGUCACCGAGAAUGUUUUAACAACAUCUGAAGACAUUGUAAAGGUAAACGCAAACAUACCUGUUGGUUCUUCUCGCUACUUAUUAAGGUUGAACUGCUCGGAUUCUUUUAACAAGCGUGGCACAAGUUCUGUCUCAAGGAGUUCUAGUAUGUCUCAGCAAUCGUGUGAUGCAUCUCCCGUAUCUGACUCAGCAACACCGGAAGAGUCCUCUAACCCUAAUAGGAUUCUUAAGGUUGUACCUUUAAGCACAAUUAGUAGUGACGAAGUAAAGUCCACAAAGUCUAAAACACCACAUGCAAAAUGGCCCAAGGAGGGUAUUCGUAACAAGGGCGCCAAACCCUCUUCAUCCAAUACCUUAGAGGAACUUACUAAAGAAGGAACCAUAUAUGUCGAUAAAGCAAUUACCAGGAUUGUUACACGCAUUCUAAAGGAAAAUCAUAAAGUGCAUGGGAUAUUUGUCCCUCUUCAAACCAUAAUGCCUUAUCCCAUCCAGAACACCAGUAAGGCUGAAGUUGCUCACACUUCUGGUUGUGAUCCAGCUGAAGAGGAGAUCAACAAGGAUGGACAAGGAAUUGCUGAGAAUACCAAUGUUACUGAGGAUGUCAAUGACAUCGAAGAUAAUGAGCACACUAAGGUCAAUACUGAAACAGGUACCAAUGUGGUAGACUUAGAUGAGAGUGCACAAGUGAAAAGCCUUGUCAAAGACUCUAUCAAGAAGAAGAGUACUUUUGCUGGUCCUGUCAAAAGCAGAGCUGUGGCUAAGAGUACAUGGGUUGGUCCAUCAAAAUCCUGGAGCAAGGUUGUCCCAAAGAAAAGAAAGGAGCGGGAAAUUGUUGAAUCUGAGUCUGAUGUUGAAGUGGAUGUUCCUGAUAUUCCAUCAAGGAAGAAGCCUACAACCACCAAGCUUGCUGCAAGAAGUCUUAGAGCUAAUUCAGGAAGAUGGGCUAUUGAAGACUGUUUGCAAUCUUCCAAAGCUUAUGAGAAGCUGGUCAAGGAAUUUGUGGUGAACUUAUCUGAAGAUUGUGGAAACAACAGGAGUGUGAACUUCAUAAAGGUGUUUGUGAGAGGAAGAACAGAUGAAGCUCAACCUGAGCUUGAAGUGACAGACAACAAAGUUUGUCAAGUGAUCACAACCAAGCAGGUAAACAACUGGCCUCUGAAAGAGAAACUAACUGCAAGAACAAAGGCAAAGUUUGACUAUGGAACAUAUAUUUUCGACCAAACUAUGAAGCAUGCUGGAAGCUUCAGUGGUACACAUGUUCCAGACAUUGUCAUGACAUCGGCUGAAACAUCCAAGUCUGGAGCACCAACUAACAAAGCAGAAGUCAUAGCAAUGUUAAAAGAGACCUGCAAAAAGCUGGAAGCUAGGAAGAUAUCCCUUGAAAAGAUGAUAAGCACUCUGGAAAUGGAUGAGAAUGAGGAAUUUACAGAUGCUGUAAAGAUGGAAGAUGAAGAUGAACAAGAGAAGGAAGUAGAACUUGAAGAAGAUGUGGAAGAAGAGAGUACCAGUCCUACUGAUGGCUCUGAGAAAGGAAGUUAUGCAGACACCUCGAGUGGGUCUGACUCCGGGCUAGUAAAUGCAGCUGGAGAUCUGUUGUUUUAG